UGGGUCGAACAACAAUGGCUGGUAGCAACGCAGUUGCUCUCGUGCCCUUAUCGCGCCUUUCAACGACAAGGUCGUUCAUGAUGCGCGCCGUUUGGAAGAGUCUGGCGCGGUACGGCGCAGUCGUGCCCCUCAUCCUGAACCUCAGGACACUAGCAUUGGCAUUCGCGCUACUCAACCUGA